GCCGAUUUAUAAUGUCACCCCAGCCCUGGGUACACCUGUCACCCUCCCCCGGCCGGUGCCGGCUCAGUGCGCAGGCGCCACCCUUCAUGGGACCCUUCACCCCAGCAGGAUGUGAAGCGGGUGGGAGCUGCUAUUAAGCGUGGUUUAAAUGGGGUUUUUUGCUAGUUCGGCAGCAAAACAGUAAACUGCAUGUGGUCUUUUCUUGUUAGUAAAACACCAGCAAAUUACGUCUCAACACUGUUUUAUUUUGUUAUUAUUAGGUAUAAACUUUUGCGCGCACUGUAUGCGUGCGCCCAUGCGUUCGCAGUGACGGAUCUUUUCAUCUGCUUUCAUUAUGAGAGGGAUGCUGCAGUGGCGGUCCAACAGAAGUGCUCUUACUGGAGAAGAAAAAAUACAUAGUUUUAUUGUUUGACGACUUUUACUGGGAAAAGAAUUACAUAGAAACCCGAAAGCGUCUCCCUUUGGUUUUUUUCACGUUUUUUUGGCUUUUCCCAUUUUUGGGCUACUUUUUUUUAAGUCGCGAUAUCUUCGGGAAUUUGUCAUUCGCUACAUUUAUACUGUCGGCCUGUUAUUAGCCCUUAAAAGUUCUGGUUGUAUUAAAUUGCAUAAGUAACCGAGAAACGCAUAUACUUUUUGAGUGAUUCGGAUAUUUAGUGUCCCCAUUUCGGACAGCUCCCUCCAAGGUCCUUCUGCCGGUUUCUGUCAUAUUUGCAGCCGCUAAGCAUGGCGAUGGCCGGCCGGCAGCCUCCGACGGGGGGCCGGAUGGAGCCGCUCCAAGAAGCGGGGGCUUUGUGCUCCAGCUCCCGAGUCGCAAACCGAGGAAUCAGGAUGAAAUUUGCUGUCUUGCAUAGUUUGGUGGAAGAUGGACAGGUUUCUAAAAGGGACAUUGUGGAAACUGUCCUUAAUCUGCUGGUCGGCGGCCAGUUUGACCUGGAGAUGAACUUCACCAUCCAGGAGCCGGAUGGCGUGUCCUGCAUGGUGGAACUGCUGGGCGGGUGUGAGCCUGCCUGCCAGGCGGAGGUGUGGAGCACUGUGACGGCCAUGCUGAAGAGGAGCACCUUCAACUUGCAUGUGUGUGCCGCCGCGGGCCUGACGGAGCUGCUGCUGGCUCGCUUCGCCCGGGCCGACUCCACUGUCGUCGAGCCACUGAUUGAUGUGCUGGCAGUUCUGACCCGAUACAGCAUCACUGACAAGGAGCUGAAGCUACUGUUCAGCAAACUGCAGGGGGAGGACGGCUUGUGGCCGCCGCAUGCGUUGCGGCUCCUGUCCGUCCUGAAGAGCAUGCCCUGCCAGAGUGGGCCAGACUCCUUCUUCAGCUUCCCGGGAAAAAGUGUCUCGGCCAUAGCUCUGCCCCCCAUCGCCAAGUGGCCUUACCAGACUGGCUUCACCUUCCACACCUGGCUGUCCCUGCAUCCAGCGUCCAGCAUCAGCGCCCAUCAGGACAAGCUUUACCUCUACUGCUUCCGCACCAGCGAGGGGCAGGGGUACUCCGCCCACUUUGAGGGGCGUGGCCUGAUCGUCAGCUCGCUCAAUGCCAAGGGGCAGAGCUCCCAGCACUGCAUGAAGUACGACUUCAAAACGCAGAAGUGGUACAUGCUCACGAUCGUGCACAUCUACAACUGCUGGAGGAACAGCGAGAUCCGCUGCUACGUGGACGGGGAGAUGACGUCCUGCGGGGAGAUGGCCUGGCCGCUCAACACCAGCGAUACCUUCGAUAAGUGUUUCCUGGGCUCCGAGGGGACGCUGGACACUGACCAGGUGUUCUGCGGCCAGAUGGGGGCAGUGUAUCUGUUCAGCGAAGCUCUUAAUGCGCCGCAGAUCCUCGCCAUUUACCAGCUGGGGCCCUCAUACAAGGGGACGUUUAAGUACAAGUGCGAGAGCGACUUGGUCAUCAGCGAGCAGCAGAGGGCGCUGUUGUACGACGGCCGGCUGUACGGCUGCAUCACUUUCUCCUACAACCCACGGGCCACUGAUGGGCAGCUCUGCCUGGAGUGCUCCGGCCGGGACCGGCCCUCUCUCUUCCUCCAUGGCCCUCACGCCCACAUGCUGCAGAACGCCAGAGCGAUGGCGAGUCACCCUGUGCAGAGUGCCAUCCACUCCCUGGGGGGCCUGGAGACCCUCUUCCCUCUCUUCAUGCAGCUGGACCGCCUGCAGGACCCCAGCGAUAUGACGGACACCUCUGUCUGCUGCGACCUGCUGGCCUUCCUCAUGGAGCUGCUGAGGAGCUCUGUGGCCAUGCAGGAGCAGAUGCUGACCUCCAGGGGCUUCCUGGUGAUCGGCUACGCUCUGGAGAAGUCCUCCAAGGAGCAUGUGACCUUGGCCGUGCUGGACCUGUUCCUGGCCUUCUCCCGCUACCUGAGCAGCCGGCAAGGCGGCCAGCUCCUGUUUAGGCAGCUGUGCGACCACAUCCUGUUCUGUCCCGCCAUCUGGAUCCAUGCACCUGCCAAGGUGCAGAGAAACCUCUACGCCUACCUGUCCACCGAGUUCAUCAGCACUGAGACCGUAUACAGCACCACCCGCAGGGUGGAGACUGUACUGCAGGUUAUGCACACAAUCAAGUACUUCUACUGGGUGGUUAACCCGGAGGACCGGAGUGGGGUCAUGCCCAGAGGCCUCGAUGGUCCUCGUCCCAGCAGGAAGGAGAUGCUGUCCUUGAGGGCUUUUCUCUUGCUCUUCAUCAAACAGCUCAUACUGAAGGACUUUGGGACGGUGGAUGAAGUGCUGGACAGUAUCCUCAGUCACCUCCUCACCCUGCACGAGGAGGAUAACUUAAUGGAUGUGCUGCAGCUGCUGGUGGCUCUCAUGGCAGAACACCCUGCCCACAUGGUCCCGGCCUUCCAGCGGCAGAGCGGAAUCCGAGUGGUGUAUAAGCUGCUCGCGUCCGACAGCGAGGCCGUCCGCGUACAGGCCCUCAAAGCGCUCAGAUACUUCCUGCAGAAUGUGCACCAUAAUAGGAAGGCAAAGGUGAUGGCCGCUCACAACCUCUUCUCACUGCUGUCGCAGCGACUGAUGCUGCACCCAGACCGCGUGACCAUGACCACGUACAACGCCCUCUAUGAGAUCCUGACGGAGCAGAUCCGCACGCAGCAUCCGGACCCCGACUCCUCCGUGAGGAUCGUGAACCCGCAGGUCCUGAAGGUCGUCACUGAGCUGCUGGACGGGUCGCCGGCGUGCCCCGCUGCCGCUGAGGUGCGCCAGGUCUUCCUGUCCGACAUGAUCAGGCUGUUUGGUAGCAGCUGUGAGAACCGGAGGAGUCUCCUGCAGUGCUCCCUCUGGCAGAAAUGGCUGCUGUCCCUCUGCCGCGUCCAGCCCGAGAACGACGAGGAGCAGAAGAUCUCUGAGAUGGUCUACACCGUCUUCCGCAUCAUGCUGGGCCACGCCAUCAAGCACGAGUGGGGGGGCUGGCAGGUGUGGGUGGACACCCUGUCCAUCACCCACACCAAGGUAGCUUCUGAGAAGCCAGACAUCACGUUCCACGAGUGCCAGAGGACGGUGGGGGCCGAACACGGACCCAGUGAGACCAGCACCAUCUCUGAGGGCCGCAUCCCCUCUAAUGGGGCCCCAGCAGAUUCUGGCCCAUCUGGCACCAUGCAGGCAGAGCCACUCAAUGCGGCCAAGACCCCAGAUCUGAAGCCUAUUGAUAAGGCUAUAGAGCAGCGCCCACUGGUCAAUGCAGGGGCUCUGGGUCCUGGGCUGUCCUCAUCAGAUGUCUCCCAUUGUGGAGAAGGACUUCAGGGAAAGCCGGCCGUGCCUGCAGAUGCUGAGUUGAUUACAGAUAUCGAGCGAGCAGGUGUCACCCAGAAUAACGGAACUGAAACUGAAGACUUGGGGAGCAUCUCUGCUCAGACCAAGGUCAGCCAUGAAAGUCCAGAGGAGGGAGAUGGGGAUGAUGUCACUUCAGCCGAAGAACAGAGGCGGAGUUUGGGGACACCUUGGGCAGGCCGAGUGACCAGGUUGGAGGUGUCCCGCGUGGCCUCCGACUCAGGGAGACUGAAGGGCCUGGCCUCGGCGGACUCCGCCUUGGGUCACGAGGAGGAAGCCAGUCGAAGUUCUGAAGGUGGAUCCACAGGCGUCCUGGAGCUGCAGUGGUCCCACAUGCACCAGAGACUGCUGUCCGACCUGCUGUCCUCUAUCGAGACAGAGGUGCAGGCGUGGAGGAGCUGCUCCACCAGGUCGCUGUUGGAGUGGAUCGCCGACCCUGAGAACCUGGUCUUUGUGCACAACUCCAUCCAUGUGCUGCUGCAGGUGGUGGACACCAUGGUGGUGAGCUGUGGCCGCAUCCAGGCCCUGCUCUCUGCUAUCUCCGCUUCUGCCGGCCCGGAGAACAUGGAGCCGUCGCAGGGCCUGUCUGAUGCUGCCACAGGUGCCUUCCUGCAGCGCCUGCUGAGCCUGGCAGACGUGCUGCUGCUCUCCAAGUCGCCGAGCCUGGCCGAGCUCGAGGCCGACAGGAGGCUGUCUCCAGGGGCCGCACUGAGGAAGAGCCUGCGCCUGGUGUGCACUGUGGCCGCCUGGAAAUACCUGGAGCGCCCGCAGGUCUUCUGCAGCGAUAGCAACAGCCUGAAGCUCCUCGCUGGAGCCGUGGGCCCACCGGGAGCCCAUCUCCCUCAGGACUCGGACCCACCUGGCGACGAUCGGAACAGCCUGUUACGGGAUGUGGAUCUGGAGCGCCUUCGGGCCGUGGUCUUCAGGAGCUUUUCAGGUGGGUGUCGGGUCCACAGGAGCUGGCCAUGGGAAUCGCAGACCGUAGACGGGAGUCGGGAUGACAGCCAGCAGACACAGUUCUUGGUGCUGGCCGUGGUCUACUUCAUCUCUGUCCUGAUGGUGUCCAAGUACAAGGACGUCCUGGAACCGCACGAGGGCGGGGAGGGCAGAGAUGUGGGAAUAGCCCCCAAUCGGCCCCCCCUCACACGGACGGACUCUGGGUUGGGGCAGGAGAGGGCUUCCCCCGUGGGGGGUCAUGCCGAGGAGUUGGUCGCUGUCAGCAAAGUCCUGGGCACUCUUUCCUCUGAGGUGAAGCAGCAGAGCGAGAUGGCUGCCUGUUCAUCUUCCUCCUCACCUCACUCUUCUUCCUCUCAUGGGGGAAGGUGCGCCGACGUGAAGGAGAUCCUGCGCAGCCUGGUUGGGUCAUCAACCCAGGACAUCUUGGUGGACCCCAGUCUGCCUUCCCUCUCCUUUCUGGAGGCCAUGGAACAUGCACCCCUAAGGGGCACCUCCCCCUUGGAGAGGAGUGGCUCAGAGCUACUCAGAAAGACCCCGCCCCCCUUUGGUCCCACCUCUGCUUCUUCUGGAAACUUCCUGGGACCCCCCCCUAUUGGCUGUGCCACCGUGAAGCCUGUUGGAGACACUGAGCCUGUUGCGGGUGGGUCUCUGAGCACAAAGCCGCCGCCCACUUCCGCAGCAACGCCGACCGCUACCCAAGACUCGGCCUUUGGCAUGAGUGUCUCCAGGAGGCUGGAGCUGGCUCUGCGGAGGCCCGCCACCCUGCUCAGGGAGAUCUUCGUGGACUUCGCGCCCUUCCUGUCUCGCACCCUACUGGGCAGCCACGGGCAGGAGCUACUGGCCGAGGGCACUAGCCUGGUGUUUCUGCAGCCUCACGGCUCUGUGGUCGAACUCGUCAUGCUGCUGUGCUCUCAGAGAGGCCAGCUAAUGCUCCCACAACCACCAGAUGUUGCUUUAGUAAACCUGCAGCUUUCUGCUGCUAACCUGAAAGAUAGAAAACUGCUGAACAAUGCCUUUAGUGAGCACCUCCUACGGGUGGCCAGCGAGGUUGAGGUCAUCCUGAGCCACCAGCAAGACGACGACGUUCGCAAGCAUUCUAACUUCGAGUUGCAGUGUGCACUGCACUCCAAGGCGAGGCGCGAUAAGGCCAGGAGACGCCACGGCCUGAUCACGGCAGCAAGGCACCGGGACCGAGCCUUGGCCUCGCAGCUGGUCCAGAAGGUCACCGGCGUCCUGACGGAGCAGCGCGCUGCCCGGAGCGGCUCCUCACUCAGCCGAUCCCGCGACUUCUGGCGCCUGGACCCCUGGGAGGACAACCUGCGGCGUAGGAGACGCCUGGUGUGGAACCCCCUGGGAUCGACGCACCCUGAGGCGGUGCUCAAGGCCGCCGCUGAAGACGAGAAAGAUGCUCUGAAAGGCGGAGAGUCUAUCAGGAGACAAACCGUAAGACACAGCAGGCCGACUGACGAGGUGGGAGACGGAGGCGAGGAUCCCCUGUCAUCUCUGGAGGAGAAGGACUCGAAAAGCCUAACAGGCACGGUGCUCCUUAGCGCGGACGCCCAGCUGGUCGGCCCCGCAGGAGUAUUCAAAGGCACCCUGUCAGUCACGGCAUCGGAACUCUACUUUGAAGUGGAUGAAGAAGAGCGUAGUUUCAAGAAAACCGAUCCAAAGGUCUUGGCUUACACAGACGGCCUUCACGGGAAAUGGCUCUUCUCCGACAUCCGGGCUGUGUUCUCCAGGCGCUACUUGCUGCAGGACACUGCCCUGGAGGUCUUCCUGGCCUGCAAGACUGCCGUCAUGUUCAACUUCCCGGACGCUGCCACUGUGAAGAAGGUUGUCGGCCAUUUGCCCUGCGUGGGUGUGGGCGACACCUACGGACACCCUCAGAGCAGGUGGAUGUCACUGGCCAGCCCCAGGCAGCUCUUCCGGAGGUCCAACAUGACCCAGCGCUGGCAGCGUGGGGAGAUAUCCAACUUUGAGUACCUCAUGUUCCUCAACACCAUCUCAGGCCGAACGUACAAUGACCUGAACCAGUACCCCGUGUUCCCCUGGGUCAUCGCUAAUUACGAGAGUGAGGAGCUGGACCUGGCACUACCUAGCAACUUCAGGGACCUGUCCAAGCCCAUGGGCGCCCUCAACCCAAAGAGGGCGGCCUUCUUCUCUGAGCGCUUCGACACCUGGGAGGACGAGCAGGUUCCCCGCUUUCACUACGGCACUCACUACUCCACCUGCAGCUUCACCCUCAUGUGGCUGCUCCGCCUGGAACCCUUCGCCACUUUCUUUCUGAAUUUCCAAGGAGGGGAAUUCGAUCAUGCCGAUCGGAGCUUCUCCUCUGUGUGCCGGGCCUGGAGGAACUGCCAAGAGGAUACGUCUGACGUGAAAGAAUUGAUCCCGGAGUUUUAUUAUCUCCCAGAGAUGUUUUACAAUGCAAAUGACUUCAACCUGGGCGUGAUGGAUGACGGCACAGUGGUAUCGGAUGUCCAGCUUCCGCCGUGGGCCAAAACUCCUGAGGACUUUGUGCGCAUAAACCGGCUGGCCCUGGAGAGUGAGCUGGUCUCCAGGCAGCUCCACCAGUGGAUAGACCUCAUCUUUGGCUUCAAGCAGCAGGGCCCGGAGGCGGCCAAGGCCCUCAAUGUCUUCUACUACCUGACCUAUGAAGGCGCCGUCAACCUGAGCACCAUUACAGAGCCGCGGAUCAGAGAGGCAGUUGAGGCCCAGAUCCUUAGCUUUGGACAGACGCCCAGCCAGCUGCUGAGUGAGCCCCACCCUCUGAGGGGCGCUGCUGUACCCAUGCGCCCCCCCCCUCCCCCAGCCCGACGGCAGAUUGCUGACCCGCUGGACCACAGCGUCUGCAUUCACGGCCCGAGCUUCGUGGUGACGGCGGACGCACGUUUCAUCCUGGCCUGCGGCUUUUGGGACACCAGUUUCCGCAUAUACUCUGCGGACUCAGAGCGGGAAACACCCCUGGCGAUGAUGACGGGUCACGGCUGCCAGGUGACGUGUGUCAGCGUGUGUGCAGAGCUGGGCCUUGUCCUCAGUGGCUCCGCAGAUGGUCCGUGCCUCAUUCACUCCAUAACUGGGGACCUCCUGCGGAAGCUGGAGAGUCCAGCAGGCUGUCAGCGCCCCCUGCAGGCGCAGCUGUCCGGCGAGGGUCUGUGCGUGGUCUCCUACCAGCAGGGUCAGAUCUGCACCUUCAGCAUCAACGGCAAGCUGCUGGCCCGAUGCGAGCAGGACGAGGAUGUCAGGGCCAUCCUGCUGAGCCCUGAUGGGCAGUGCGUGUUCUCCGGGGGUGAUGGAGGUGUGCUGAGGGUCUGGCGAGCCCAAGACCUCCAGAAGCUCUUCACCUACCCUGGUUGUGAUGCAGGCAUCUGCUCCCUGGCCAUGUCACAUGACCAGAGGUGCAUCAUCACCAGAAUGGCAUCAGGGGGCAUCGUGAUCUUCUACAGCGACUUCAGCAGGACGCCAGAGGGGGCUGCAGCAAGGGCCAGAGAGAUGCCCCCCUGCCAGGAGCAUGUGGGGGGCGUUAACUGACGGACAGCUGGGGGGGGCAAGCUUUUAAAAGGCACUGCUCACCAUGUUUCUGCCAUAUUUUGUAUUUUGUAGAUCCUGUUGAAUUGUUAUUUUUAAUAUGAUCUGAAAGAAAAACGGUAUACUUUUACUUUUAAUAAUAUAUUUGCAGUCGUGCUGAGGAUUACA